AUGGCAACAGCGACGCGCUUUGACCGAGCGAGCGCGGAAGGCCGACACGGUGAACGGUUUGUGCUGUCGUCAAAAAGAUGGAGCGCAGAAGCGGGAGCUGAGGAGGGUUCUGACAGAGAGGAUCUAUUACAGAGGGAGUAUGAAGAGCUGACCAACACUUUGAGCACCCUGAAGAAAAAAGCAGAGAGGAUGCGACAUGAGAAUAAGCAUCUUCAAGACGAUGUCAGUCAGACUCGUGUGGAAAAUCAAGAGUACAUUUCAUGCCUAUCCGAACAGACCCAGAAGUGUCAGAGUGCCAUCAAAACCCUUAUAAUCCGUGACCACAACCACCAGGAACUGGAAACCUUGAGGAAACAGAGGGAAGUUGCCUGCACAAAGUACCAGGAACAAGCUGAUGGGCUGAAGAAGUCAAUUCUGGAAAAGGAGACUAAGCUGGCUGUGCUCAACAUAGAGAUCUCUCAGCUUACAGACGUCAAGAGCCUGCAGCAACAACAGCUGGGCUGUUUAGUGGAGCUGGAGAAACAGCUGGCCCAAAUGCAGUGCCAGCAUGCAGAAUCCCUGCAGGCUCUCAAGGCCAACUUCCUUUAUGAGAAGGAGAAAUACCAGAGCCAAGCCAAAAGCAGAGUGCAGGCUGAGGCACUGGCAGCCAACAGGGAGAUAUCUCGCUACCUGCAGUCCUAUGCCAGACAUGUCUCAGAGGAGAACCGGGGUCUGAGAGAGGAGCUACAGAGGCUCAUCCAGAAAGGCAGCACCCUGAGGGCCCGCCAAAGUCAGCUCCAAUCUAGGAGGCAGCAGCUGCUUCUGGAGAGAGAGUAUGUCACAACCCUCAAGAGGCUCUGA